GUAGCGCAAAGCUUCGCUACUUCAAUUUGCAAAAUCUGACCAAUGUGGCCUGGUCCUAUUCGCAUCUGAAAGUCUGCGACGACCUGCUGUCAGAGGUGGCGGCAGUGGCACAUUCUCGGAUCCAUGACAUGAAUGUCCAAGAUCUGGCUCAGCUGGCCCUGACACUCGUCUUUAGCCGACGUGCAAACUUCGGCUUGAAGGAGGAUCUGGGGGACGAUGGCGUGCUCGGCAGUCGUGACUUGACCCUGGCAUUGGUUGUCGAGGUGACCAAAGCCAUGGUGCAAAAAAUUCGCCAGCCUGGCGUCACGACGCCGGAUGACGCCUGGAUCGUUCAUGACCUUGUUCUCGUGUGGCUGGAGGAGAAGGUGGCCUCGGAGCUGUUGGGGGACUCAUGGAAUAUGCUGGACGCGUACAUGGCUGGUUUGCACGAUCAAGUUCUAGAUUUCCUUCGCAACACCCCGCUCCUGGCACGCGCCCUCGCCUGCGGCUCUGUUGUGCAGUCUGCUCAUGUCCCGAUCUACGAGCAGUCUUUUCGAGAACUGGACAUCAGGUCCCUGGGGAUCAAGUACACCGGCAUGCUGUUGUCUGAGCUAGGCCUGACUGACAG